AUGGCCGAACCAAUGGAUCUUGAUUUGCCGAAGCGUCUAGGGGGUCCUCAUUCGAUGCUGGUUACAACCACAGCUCCGGGGCGUGAUCCUCGUCGAACACCCAGAGAUGUGCCAUCAUCACCCCUCAAAGCCUCGGGUCCAAAUGCGUUGGGACUCAACGCUCCAACGUCACAAUCGAAUACUCCCACAGGUCCUAUGUCCACCGAAACACCAAGCUCAGCCAGUUUUUCAAACGCGCCUUCCAUUCUUGACAUAGUGAACUCGUCUAUCCAACUCAAGGAACAUGAAACUGAGAGAUCAAGACUUGAGAAAGAAAUCACUUCUCUCACUAAACGGAUGCAAAAGGCAUCCCAGUCUCCUCAAUUUUCGAACACUGUUACCUCAUAUCAAUGCCAACUGCACAAGGCGAAAGAUGAACUGACCGAGCUGAAAAAUUUGAUCAGCCAAAAGCGAACAUUCUUAGCUCGGGCAGAAAGUCGUUUCAGUGGGGUGUCCUCUGAACCGAAGCCCGAUUCUCGCAUCGACAUGCUGACCAGCGAACUUGAGUCUAUGCGGAAGGAGGCCCGAGCAGACGCCUCUCAAAUUCGGGAAACGAUAUCUCAAACCGAGCAAAAGACGAGAAUCAACAACCAGGAGAAGGUCAAGGAUGCGAUAAUGGGUGUCUUGAAAAACAGGGAUACAGAGAUACAAGCCAUCAGAAACGACCUUGAGACUCUAAAAGCGCGAUUGCAAGACCAACCAUCGGGGAUCAAAAAAGAUACACCGAGUGACGCAGUCCUCCACGGAAAUCUUUCCCAGAACAUGGGAAACGAUGCUGCCCGACUUGAUCCCGAAACUGAAGCUCGAAGAAAUGCACUGUCGGAAAGAAUAGCUGCUGAGGAGGAACACAUACGAGGUCUGAAGGCUUUACGUGGUGCACAGCAACAGAUCGUUCCCACUGGCUCUAGGGCUACUCGUGAUAUGGAAGAAUCAGCCCUCACCGAGCUCAGAAAAGUUACUCAGAGACACGAUGGCAUGCUAGAGGGAAUCCAGAAAAUACAUUCCAACGCUCAGGAAACCCUCUCUAAACGACUUGAAGACAUGCAGGUGGAACUCCAUGGGCUUAAGACCAACAUGACCAAAGUGGAGAAUGCGCAGAAAUCCCACUUCGAUCUGUCUGAGGAGAGGGAUCGGACCCAUGCAAAAGCGAUGGAGUCUUCUCAAACGGAGUUUGCUCAAAAUUUCGGUAAACUCGCCCGCCAAGUGGAUGUGAACAUGGCCAACAAGGCGGAAGUCUUGAAUAUACAAAAUCAACUGAACGCCACCGCCAAAGGGUUUGAAGAAACAAAAACGACGGUCGACUCUCUGCUUCACAAUAUGAAGAAGUGCGAGGACCUCGACCUUACCCACUCACGAGCCCUCCGAUCGCUAGAGUCCCGGUAUACUAACCUCACUACCGGUGAUCUUGUCAACGCCAUGGCCCAGGAGAUGCAAAAAAUGUACCCUUCUAUGGGACAAGUCAGGCAAGAAAUGGGACAAUCUAAGAAGGCCUUCAAUGAGCUGGCGCAAAGAGUCUCCAUUUCCGAAAAGCAGGGUGCAACCAAAGUAGACGUGUCUCAGAUGAGGGCAAACCUUGCUCAGAUUCAACUAGAGCAUACAGCGGGUAUGGAGGCUAUGAGAACGAUCCAGAAAGAACAGUCGGACUCCAAAGAACAGCUCGAGAAAGCCAAGGCCUUGCUGGAAAUGAACGGUUCGCAAAAUAGCAACCUGGCACCAGACCAGCUGGUGGCUUUGCAGGGGCUCUCUGCUUUGACACCGAAAUUACAUGAGAUGUCUGAAGCCUAUGAAAAGUUUACCGAUUUGAACGCGAUUAUUCAUCGAUAUGAUGAGACCCUUCUUCGGUACGAUGAUACUCUCCAUCGCAAUGAUCACACCCUUCACGAGCAUGGCGAGGACCUCAAGCGGCAUAAUGAGACCCUUUCUCGGCAUGAUGAUGCGCUACGGGCCAGGCUUGAAGAAUCCAGUACCUUGGAGAAUAAGUUCGAGACUAUGAACGGUUGCAUUGAGGAGCUUUCCGAAAAUGUCGAUAAAUUGAAAGGAAAGAAUCAAGAUUUCAGCGAGCUGGGACAAAUGAUUGGGGCGUUAGAAAAGCGUCUUGACAAUCCCACCUGCACUACAAGACACGAGAGGCUCGAUGCAGACGUGAAAGGUCUUUUGGACGCUAGGACUACUCAGGCUGAGUCCGCUGCCAAACUCGAGAAAAAGAUCGAGCGACUGGAAAACAUGAUCACGUGUGGUGACAUUCAAGCCCACGUGACGGACCGGAAAAAUUUCGAAAAGAUACGUAAAGAGACCGACGAGCUCAAGAAGAAAGUGGAGAGCGUGGAGAAAGUGAACCAUGAGUGCAAUGGGUUCUGCAACCGUUUGAGAAUGGUCGAAGACGGCCUCGAGGACCUCAGGAAGAAAAUGUCAGCCGGGGGCUCUGCUAAGCCUAAUACGCCAAUUAGCCAGCGGGUCGAAGCCCCUCAAUCACAGCUAAAAAAGCAGCAGACAUUAUCAAAGCUUAUUGGGUCACAAGGUAGCCAGUCCUCGGUUCCUGGGGGUAAUCUAGAACCUCGUCAACUCGCGCUUGUCAAGGAAAAGCGCUCUCGCGAGUCAUUUGGAACCGACUCCGGGGUGAGCACCCCCGAGCUAAAUUUGGCCUCACGUCCUUCUACCGCGCCUGCUUCGCCAGCCUUCCUCAGUGGUAUUCCCGCUACAAUUUCCUCAAACAAGUCUCAGAAGGACAAGCAGCAGCGUGAGAGGGAGCGACUUAGCGCGGAGCGGAGGGAGAAGAAGAAGCUCCAAAGGAAAGCCGACAAAAAUGCAACGAGGCCCGCGGCGAAACGGCAGAAGACUGGAUAG